CGCAACGAGUCAAAGUUGGGGAGCCAGAGUCAAAUUCCAAAGUCAAGUAUUUUUUGUGCUUCUUUCCAGGAAAACACCACAAGCCAGCCACAGGCAGAUAUUGGCUAAAGUUUCAAGCUGCAAUCCAAGAUUCCAAUCCUCACUAUUUCUCUAUUUAUUAUCUGUCUGUCUCUCUAAAUUCCAUCAAAACAGUCAAAUGGGUGUUCUGGGAAUCAACAACUUGAUCGAUUGGGAGUCAGAGUCACACCCAGUGGCCACUGACUUCAUGGCCAUUCCAUUAUUUGCUGUCUUCUUCUUUUCAGUUAGAUUCGUUCUUGACAAAUAUGUCUUUGAGUGUUUAGCCAGAAGAUUUAUUUUUGGGAAGGGGCACGUUACUGUGGAUGUUGGGAUACGUGGAAACCGGAAGAAAGUUAAUAAAUUCAAAGAGUCCGCAUGGAAAUGUGUUUAUUUUCUUUGUGCUGAGAUUUUGGCUCUUUAUGUUUCAUAUGAUGAACCUUGGUUCACUAAUACCAAAUAUUUUUGGGUAGGACCUGGUGAUCAAGUUUGGCCUGAUCAGAAACUUAAAUUCAAAUUGAAGGUAUUGUACAUGUAUGCUGGUGGGUUCUAUACAUACUCUACAUUUGCUUUGGUUUUUUGGGAAACCAGGCGUUCAGACUUUGGUGUAUCCAUGGGCCAUCACAUUGUAACUUUCAUUCUCAUUGUUCUGUCCUACAUACUUAGGUUUGGUCGUGUUGGUUCUGUUGUUUUAGCCCUGCAUGAUGCAACUGAUGUGUUCAUGGAAAUAGCAAAGAUGUCAAAAUAUAGUGGCUACGAAUUGAUGGCUAGUGUUUUUUUCCUUCUCUUUGUUCUCUUAUGGACCAUACUCCGCAUCAUUUACUACCCAUUUUGGAUACUUAGGAGCACAAGCUAUGAAAUUAUUUUGGCCCUCAACAAGGAAACGCAAAUGGUGGAUGGACCUAUCUGUUAUUAUCUCUUCAACACUCUUCUGUUUUCCUUGCUUGUUCUUCAUAUUUAUUGGUGGAUCUUGAUGGUUGGGAUGGUCAUGGCACAAAUCCAAGCGGGAGGCCAAGUUAGUGAUGAUGUUCGUUCAGAUUCUGAAGGUGAGGAUGACCAUGAUGAUUAAUAGAAAGCAUGAAACAUACACAUGUAGCCAGAUGGGCAUCAAGAAAAGACACCUCAACUUUGUCAAUACUCUGUUUCCAUUUGUAAGUAGGUAUUUUGAGUUAGUUUUGGCGAUAAACAAGUACAUUGAUUGAAGGAAUUUGUAAUCUAUAUUGGGGACAAAUGAGGGGUUGAUUAGAAAUAUAUAAACCGGCAGAUAUAGUUGAUUUGUGGUUCAUGAUUUGGUGAUUACAAACAUUUCAUGGUUUCUCACCUCACUGAGCAUAGGAAAUUUGUUAGUGGAAACUUUUAACUGCAUGAUUCUGUUA